AUUCAUCAUUCAUCGCUCAUAAUAUUAUUUUGAAAAAGCUUUACAAAGCUUUCCCAAUAAAAAAUCGAAGUGGGGUAUUUAUACAGGUGGCUAAAAUUCUAUUUCAGUGUUGUUUAUUAAAUCCUAGGAAUGUUAAACACCUUGCGCGGCACUUCGCCUUUAUCUGAAACAAUGUCGGACACAACCUUAGAAAGAAAUCGAGCUGAAAAGGCCUUAUUGACAAAAAACCAUUCACAGAGCCAAGUAAUACUCCACAAAAUGCAUACGAACCUGAAGAAUUACGCUGACAAAAACGGCAACGAUGUGUCCAAGAAUGUACACACGGGUAGAAAAACUUUUGCAUUUUGGACACUUAUUUGCUUGUUAUUCUUACUAGCGAUUUGCAAUCUUGUACUUACUUUUACGAUUCUUGCUGUUUUAAGACUUGGUCACGGUCUCGAAAGCAUGGAGUUUCUCCCUGAACACAAUGCAAUAAAAUUUUUUGGUGAAACAAACCUGGAUCAUAUUUAUAAAAGAGAUGGACUAAUUGAGAGUUUUCAAGAUGUUCCCAUGAGUAUUUCAAGUGACGAAGGAUCUGUAUUAUUUAACUUACAGUCACGUUUAUCGAGAUCAGAUACGAAGAUAUUGGUUAACACCUCAGGAGUAUAUUUCAAGGGUGUGAACACGUUUGAGGUGACAGACCCGGUGACAGGAGAGCAGGUGUUCAGCACUGCCAAUCCGGAGAUCACAGUCGCUGAGUCGUUAAACAAUUUGAUUGCUAAGCAAAUCUCCACAAAACGCAUAUCAUCACCUGUGGACAAGAACCUGACCAUUCGUUCGGAGUCCUCGGCUUAUUUACGAGGAGCAGAAGGCACAAGAAUGGAAUCCAAGGAACUCUACUGGAAUGCCGAUCAGGAUAUUUAUCUUAAGUCUAUAAAUGGAUCAGUAGUAUUGAGUGGCAAAGAGGGUGUCUAUGUUGACGUGAGAAACCUACCGAUGGCGAUGCCCAUGAAUAAAACGGAGAAAUACCAUGUGACGGGUCAAUUCAAAGUGUGCGUAUGUAUGCCACAAGGUAAACUGUUUCGUAUUGCGGUGCCCACCGGACAAAAAGUUACAUGUUCUCAUGUUAAUAUGACAGGGGACUUGAAUCCUUGUAAUUAAUGUUAUAGUGUGAUAGAUGUUUUUGGGUUCUGUUACUAAUAAAAACAGUUACACAAUGCAUUAAGUUACACAGUUUUGUCCUAGUCUGUCAAAACACUUUUUUACUUUGUAAGUCAUAUUAUCCAAUGCUCCUUGUCAGCAAAGUUUUCCGACAUGCUAGACAACAUUGAUAACUGAUAAGUAAUGCGUGUAAUUAUUUAUGCGUAUAAUCGUAAUUUAGUAGAAACAUACGUAUAAAGCUGGCAUUCCACCGCGGCGCAUGCUGUGCACGGCCACGCGGCGCACGGAUUUAUUAGUUUGACUACGUGGGUCAACGUUUCCACUGCAGCACACGCUAUGCACACGGCCACGAAUAUGUACAACUGUAGCGCAGCAGAGUUUUGAAUACUAUGUACACGCUUCCGUGUAUCCCGUGCACAGCAUGCGUAGCGUGGCCAGCGUUGAGCUACGUGUG